GCUUUUACAAUCUGUCAAAGUCAACACAAUCAGCAGAGUGAUUGUCGAAAAAAAAUUCCAUCUACGAACCAAUAAACAAAUUGAAUCUGCAUUUUGCUUGGGAAAUUUGGUCAAUCCAAACGAUUUGACGAUGGCUCAUGUUCCAACUGGGAUUAUAACACACUCUCAACGCGUUUGCCGAUUGUACAAAAAAACCGUUCGCUUGGCUCAAAGCUGGUAUACGCCACGACAUGUGUUUCGCUUCAAUGCCAUUCUGCUGCGUGAACGAUUCGAUCAAAAUAAAGAAAUUAAAGAUUUACGAAUUGCUCGUGAAUUGUUGAAAUCGGGCGAACAGGAGUUAUUUGAAAAACAACAUCCUCAACCAUUUACGUUCGCAAACAGUCCCGGUGGCAUAGCAUACGGUCGUGAAGUAGAUUUGCCCGAUUGGGUCUUAGAUUAUUGGCAUCCAUUAGAAAAAGCACAAUAUCCAGACUAUUUUGCUCGACGUGAACAACGCAAAAAGGAGUACGUAAUCUGGUGGGAAAAACAAUACGGCAAAUCUCAACCAAAAGACGGUCAUCAUUAACAUCCAUCAAUUUAAAUGUCUGAAAAUGUUUGAUUUUUGCAACCAAUAAAAUAAUAAAAUAAAAAUCUAUCUAGUGAAAACAGGAA